AUGUUGACAUGCAUAAAAACUACACUUCCCCAAAGCUGUCACAGAGCGCUCCCGCCUCCCAUUGGCUGCUCGCUCCAGCCGCAGCCCCAGAGAAUGAAUGAAAUUGAAAUAGCUGCUACAUUACAUGUACAAUACCGGGCUCUGCAGUGUUGCAUUCUAUCAUACUAUAUCAAAAUGGCCACAGCGGUACAGAACCCCCUCAAAUCGCAAUCUGGAGGUGCAGUCAUCAAGAACAGUCUUGGUGAAGAGUUCUAUAAGGAGGCCAUUGAACACUGUCGCAGCUACAAUGCCCGUCUGUGCGCUGAGCGCUCCAUGCGUCUACCCUUCCUGGACUCCCAGACCGGCGUGGCCCAGAGCAACUGCUACAUCUGGAUGGAGAAGAACCACCGUGGACCAGGUCAUGCUCCAGGUCAGUUGUACACAUAUCCCGCUCGCUGCUGGCGCAAGAAGAGACGGCUAAACAUUCUGGAGGACCCGCGGCUUGUACCGAUCGAGUUCAAGAUCGACUACGAGGCUUCUCUAAAGAAGGAGGGGGGCAUUCCAGACGGGCCUGUGUUGGAGUCGCUGCUCGCCGGGGAAACCCUGGACAAGAAGGUAGAAACCAAGGAAGAAGAGCCAAUGAGCGAGUGUCAGAAGCUGCUGGUCGGGGAUUUCUCUCAUGAGCUGGAGGUGGACGAGAUGGAGGAAGACGUCCCGAAGCGCAAGAACCGUACCAAAGCACGGGCCUACGGUGUCGGGGGCAUGAGGAAGAGACAAGAGCCGCCUGCCAUUGAAGACAGAGACAAGCCUUACGUCUGUGACAUCUGUGGAAAACGCUAUAAGAACCGCCCAGGGCUGAGUUACCAUUACACUCACACACACCUGGCAGAUGAGGAGGGGGAAGAAGACUCUGAGCGACACACACUACCCUUCCAGCGCAAGAACAACCACAAGCCCAAGAAAGCACCAGACGGCUCAGUGAUCGCCAACGGCUACUGCGACUUCUGCCUCGGAGGCUCGAAGAAGACCGGCUGUCCUGAAGACCUUAUCUCCUGUGCGGACUGCGGACGCUCAGGCCACCCGUCCUGUCUGCAGUUCACAGUGAACAUGACGGCUGCGGUGAGGACUUAUCGCUGGCAGUGCAUCGAGUGCAAGUCCUGCAGUCUGUGUGGCACCUCUGAGAACGACGACCAGCUGUUGUUCUGUGAUGAUUGUGACAGAGGCUACCACAUGUACUGCCUGAGCCCUCCCAUGUCUGAACCACCAGAGGGGAGCUGGAGCUGUCAUCUGUGUCUGAGACAACUGAAGGAGAAGGCCUCAGCCUACAUCACCCUCACUUAAUCUGCGGAGCUGCGCCUCAUCCUCUUGGCCCUUCAUCCUCUCCCAAACCACCUCUCCGUCACCCCUCUCUGUGCCUGCCUCAGCUGCCCUCACCCCCCUCCUCCUUUGAUCCAUUCGCUGCCACUUCCUCUACAAUCCGUCCCAGUGACCUUUGACAUGACUGAGCACACAGCACCCGCAGCGCUGCACCCAUUCUUGAACGUCUGUCCAGCGGCGAGCCAACCUCCGUCUUUUUGUGUCACUCACAUUCCCUGAUGUGCUUGACCUGACCCCCCUUCCCCUCUCUCCUGCUCUGUCUCAACAGAGGAAUUCAUCAGCUGGCAAUAAGUUUGCUAGCGAGACACACACUCCAGCCUGCCAAGGGCACUUCAGAGGCAUACUACUCCACAGGAACCCUCUUAAGGGCCCUCGGAAGAGCCCUAAUGAUCUUCAGCUGCAACUCAGUCAAGUAGUGAGUGGGAAUUAAUAAGAUGGAUAGGUGUUAGGCCGAGGACAGGGCAUGGAAGACCCUGGAUAACCAUGGAGCAGUAUGUUUCGGUGUUAGCCAACUGUGAAAUAUACACCUAACCAAAAUUUCAUUUACUCCCUCUGUCCUUUACCGUGUACGGCAGAGCUGAGACGUUGAACUCUGCUCCGUUACUUGUCUGCGGGGCUUUCUGCCCUGUGCAGUUUCAAAGGGGAGUGAAUUGUACAGAAUUCAGACUGAUUCUCUAUCUACGCACUCUUGCAGACUCCCCUCACUGUCAAACAAUGAGCGUCUGGUCAGGAACUCAGACCAUCUUUGACCUCACCGUGUCCUCUCUCCUUGCAUGUGGUUUCCACAAAUUAAUGAUGCAUUUUGGGAUUGACACUGAGGAUUUUAGUGUUCUGACGUGAUCCUCGGAUAAGAGAGAGAUGGAUUUUUCUCUAAUCAGCUAUCUCUGAUCAAACAAUGUAUUUAAAAAUGACAACUUAGGCUUAGCAUCUCUCACAAAUCCUUAACCUGACCUUUAUCUGCCCUUCCCCUCUCAAACAAUGACUGUGAAGCCAAUGCGAGACUGAAACGCUCCUGGUGCUUGGUGUGUAUUAUCCGUGUGUUAAGAAUGUAGGAUUGAUGUGUGGACAAUGCAGAUCUUUGUCUGGCCCAUAGAGAGGCCUAAAAACUUAUUUUAUAUGAUUCCUUUUUUAUUUAUUUUUUUCAUUUGCAUGUUGUUAUUUCAAUUGUUUUUAAAGACUUUUGAUUGAAAUUGAAAAGAAAGCACACUUAAAUUCGCAAUAAUGUGUUUGUGAUAUGAACUAUUUUGGCCAAACUGGGUGUGUUUUAAACUUUGUGUGUGUCUGUGUGUCUGUUUGUGUGAGUUUUACUGAGCACUACAGUAAUUGUAGUCAGCUCCAUGCUAGGUGGCAUCUGUGAGAGGAUUCCAGUAGUAGUAGUUGAUGUGAAUGUAAGGAAAGUCUGUGUUUUGCAAGUCACAAGUCUCAAAUCUUCUAAAUUAAGUCAAGACCAACAAGUGUUAAAGACAGAGUUUGAAAUUUUGGGAAAUAGAUACAAAAAUCAGAGUGUAAAAAAGUUGGUUAUACGGGCUUUAUGUGCUAGACUGUUUCUUGGCAGUAACUCCAGGAAGUCACUGCUCCCAGCCAAGAAAUAAUCUGGCACAUAAUCCAUCGUAACACUAUAACGUGUCACUUUACUCUUUGUAUUUUAAACAGAAUAAACAAACAAGAUAUAAUAUCUUAAUUUAUCAGCUCUUGCUGUGCUGGUAGGUGGAUUUUGUUACAUUUUGCAAAAUGCUAAGCUAGGCUAACCAUCUCCUAGCUGUAGCUCCGUAUUCAUCAGACAGAUAUGAGGGUAUUAUCUCUUCUAACUCUCUUUCCCAAAAUUUCAAAUUAACAUCAAGUCCAUUUACUAAACAGUUGAUGUUACAACAGAGUAACAUGUGCAUUUUAUCUAUUCCGAAGCGUGAAACGUCUCAGAUGAGUAUCUGUUUUCCCCUCGUUCUUCUCUCUCAGCUCUCUGAUUUUACUACACAACAUGGAGGAGAACGAAUAUUGGAUUAAUAUCACCACAACACACUGACUGUGUCAAGGGUCAUUGAUUUUAUGUUUGCAGAGACGCUAAGCUCUUUGUUACUAUCUUAAACCGAUACUCAACCCAAAAUAUUUCCAUUUAGGAUCAAACACUCAAUACUUUUGAACGGUGGCUUUUAACAGUCACUAAACCACUCCUGUACCUUAAUCCACUUCUCAACUUUAUAUUGAGAUUGAAACAGUACACUGCUUCUGUUUGACACGUGCUAACGUGGACACUCAAGUGACAUAGAAGCAUUAGCUUUAAUAACAUAAUUUCCUAUCUUUGGUCUUGGUGGUACAAAAGGAAGUCACAAGUCAUUGGUGCUGAAGUUUAAGUCAAGUGGCAUGUUGAAUUGGCUUUCUAGCUUGCCCGUUCUGUUUCUCACCAAGUGAAACAAGUUCUUUUCAUCGUCUUUGUGUCCUGCAAAACAUGAGGCCAGCUGUUUUGUGUGAUCAGUGCGACAUUGGUGAGAGAAGAUGUUGCUCUGCUAUCUGCCAGUCUGCUCUGCACGUUACAAGCCAGUAUAAUAAAUCAGUGCUUAAAGACCAAGCUGAAAUGUUAAGGCUGAGUUUGUCAUUAUGGGAUUAAUCAGCCAGCAUGCAUUUUUGAGCUUGCACAGAGAAAAAUCUCUCUUUUUUUCCUUUUAACUCAAAUGCCCAUUAUGUUAUCCUUGACCAGUUUAACUGGACUUGGCAAGGCAAGUUUAAUGGGCACAUUACGAUAGCAGAAAGCGCUGAUUUAGGAGGUUGUUUUCAACAUUACUGAAUUGUUUGUUUGUAAAAAAGAAGGCAUCCAUCCGGUGAUCUGUGAGCGUUAAGCUUGGAGACAAUAGCUGUAAAUAAGGGAUUGAAUUAAGGGCAACAAUUCCAUUUCAUACAGUGUUUCAUAUUCUUGUGUACAUAUCAAAGUAUGUAACAGGUCAAAUUCAGCUGGUUUUGGUUUGAAUGACCAUCUCAUUUUUAAUGCUGCAUCAUGUCUCUAAAACAAAACUCGCAAGAUCAGAUGGCUUGUGAGAAUGUAACUGAACUGUAAUUGUGUUUGCCAUCUGAUACAGAUAGACGUUAGGUGCAAAUACUGUGGUACCCCUCAAUUCAGUGUAACUCCACUGAUGCAUGAAUGACAUCUGAAAUGUUUCUGAUUUCAUAUUUUGAUAUUGUCAGUAUUGCUUUUUUAAAACUAAUGAUGAGAAAUAACCUUUAACUUAUGUUCAUUUCCUGUUGGUUUCCUUGUUCGGUUUGGUAAUUGUGUCUUUUUACAUUUUGCACAGCGUGGCUGCAUCUGCUCCCCAAGUGUGUUUAUGCCUCUGUGUGUGUGUGUGUGUGUGUGUGUGUGUGUGUGUGUGUGUGUGUGUGUGUGUGUGUGUGUGUGUGUAUAACCACUUAUGAUAACUGGAAGGUCAGAGAAAAGAAAAAAACGAACCAAAAUAGCGAAUUAUUAGACAUUUUCUUCUCAGCGGAACCACUUGCAUGGCACAGCACUGCUAGAGGAUUGUAAUGUUGAGUACAGAUUACAACAAAAGUGUACUUGAGUGUACACAUUUCUCACAAGGCACUUGGAUGAAGCUGAAUUAAUUCUUCAGUGUGUUAAGUGUUAUAUUUGCCAACAAAGGCAGUAGCAUCCAAUCAAAAUGUUUUUAUUUCCAUGAACCAAUGAGAGCUAACAUCUAGAUUUGAAGUGUGUUUGAGUGGAAAUAGUUUGAUGAUGAAAUGGAUGCCGAGGAAGAUCAUUAUAUUUAAUAUAUAAUGGAAAUGUUUAUGUGGUGGAUGGACGAUGAUGAUGAUAUUGAUGGUGACUGAAAAGCCUUUAUAUUGGGAGCUUUCCUGGCACUUAAUAGGAGAAGCAUGGUGGAGUCAAACUAAUUUUGAUUGUACUAUCUGGGGAGGGUGGGGAAGCCAUGUUGGGGUUUUGGAAGGGUAUCAUUGUGAUUAUUUAAUGAAACUUGAGCCUUCCCUUUGUACAAAUGGACAAACCAAGGUGGUGGGGGAGGGGUCGAACAAGUUGAUGCCAUUACCCCCACCUCCCCCCAUUUUAGGCUGAUGGGGUGGCUCGGUCGGAGGGUUGAGACUUUGGGCCACUCUAGGCCUCUCUUGUAAAUUGUCGUUCUGUGAUCUUGCUUGCACUUUUGUUUUUCAUUUCCCAAAAACAAGAAACUAAUUGUAAGUGUGUAUGUGUGUGAGUGCGGGUUUUUAUUUUUAAUCUUUGCAUUUUUUUCAACGUGAUUGUCUGUUGUAAACAACACUGGAUAAAAGAUGAGUUUUUAAUUUGUAUUUUUUACCUUGAGAGGAAGAUGAAAUCUUCUUGGACAUUUUUUAACCCCCACCUGCUCCCUUCCUCCCCCUUUCCUCUCUCUCUCUCUCUUUCUCUGUCUGGUACCUGGGAAUGCUUUGAAACGUGGACUGUGACCGCACUGCUGUCAUCACUGCUGUCAGUCAUUCUCUGUGAAUUCAUCCGACUUUCUCAAUUUACCCAGUUUUUUCUCUCUUCCCUUGACUCAUUUUUUUCCAUUAAAAAGAUGAGAUUGAAAAAUGA